AUGGAUCCCGGUCAACAAACGAUGAAUAUUCUCCGCUUUAUGAUGCCAUUGAUAUUUUUGGCUUCCUUUCCAGUUCGACCGUUUCCAAUUCCAUCACGACCCAGUCCCAAUGGAAGAAGCUCGCACCUUCACAUGGCCAUCAAAUCGAAGGAUCUGAAGGGUGCGACGCCAAAUUAUCAGAAUACCGGGUCCAUAGCUUCAAGGUUGUCAAAAGCAGCAAAGGAAGCUGCUGGAAAGAGGGGGCAGAAUGGAACUCCCAAGAAAUUCUCUGGAGGCUGGCAAGAGGAGGAAGAUUCGAACCUAUCCAGUAUCGCCAAGCUUGCACAAUCCAUUGACGAAGAGUUGCUACACCCUAGGGAUGGCUAUCGCCCAUCAAGGGAAACCUCAUCUAUGAGACUUUUGUUGGAUCAUAAUGAUAACGCGGAAGCAGACGAAGGGCUAUCGCUAUCCCUCGGGUGUCGACAUGUGGCUGUUGUAUUUUCAAAGCCGCUCUCCGACGAUCAAAUAACAACCGAAUACGCGAGUCGACUGGUAUCGUUGGCACGAUCAAUGAAAUACGAGAACUACCAACCAGUUUUAAUAUGCUUUUGUGGAUCACCAGAGGCGGAAGACGACGGACUUGUGAAGGCAACUUCGGCAGGGGUUGUAUUCCUUCGCCAUCUGUGUUCUGCCAACGACAUCUCUCUCGAAAACACAAAUCUCUGCAUAAUAACGCAAGCUCAAGACGAGCUAUCGUGGACUGAAUCAUCAUUGCAUCCUCUGGUAGAGGAAGUGAUUGGACGAGGAUAUCUGAAGGAUUGGUUGGAGAAAUCAGAUAUCUACGAAAGGCCUACCGAUGAAUACGGUUUGAUGCGACAACGACAGAGAAAGAACAUUCACAUUCACUUGACUCUAGUUUCAACGGACUACCACUUGUGCAAUCUCAAUGAUAUUCAUGUCCGAUCGCCUCGACAGUCACCCCUGAAUGCUUUGCAACACAAAAUUGACCACGCUGCAAACGUAUACAAAGGUAUCGCAAAGUCCUCGUGGUGUUUCCGGUACGCCACCUAUCCCUACGUAUAUUCCAAGAGUGAGGUAGCUGCCUUUUUGGGAAAAUGUUAUCUUAUGUCGCAGGUACUACGCCCCCUCCUUGUCAAUCUCCGGGGUGUUGCCAACGAGGGAGAAUUUUUUCAACGCGAUAACUACCGUGCGUUGGUGGGAACUCGUCGGGCAUUGGUGGGGUUGGUUGAAGAAGUCAAUAAUUCCUUCCAUGAAACCAAAAACAAUCAGGAGUCUGCAUUUACAACUCUGGGGAAUUUAAAGGCAGAACUCCAAAAGACAAUCGUCAAGACACCCGUUCAAGGUGGGACGAUGAGUGCAGAUGUGGCACUCGAGAGCGCCUUGCUCUCUCUAGGCCGUUGUGUAGACCUUGUGCGACCGGCUGGCACACUAUCAGCAACAUCUGUAAGCCAUGCUGAUUGGACCGAUGCCGUCACCCAGCUGGAGUACUUUUUGGAUGUAAUGCAACGUUGUUGCGAUCCUGAUCGUCCUCUGCCAGCAUGCGAUUGGGGAAAACUGUCCUUGGAGAAUGUCAAGACUAGCUUCUCAACGACUACUGGGCUACCUCAUUCAUUCAAUCACGACAUUAAAUUGUACCGAUACGAUCCCAACGGGUACCAAGAGCUGGCCCAGUAG